AUGAGCGUCGGGGGCUCGGCACAUCCUCCCUCUGACUUGGAGUGCGCCUCCCCUCCAGUCCAGAAGAACGGCCUCGGGCUCCCCAUGCCCGCCCGCAGUUCCCCCUCCUGGCCCCCGUCUCCGGAUGAGGACCCUGCUUUGCCUCGCUUCCCUCUGGAGGAGCCGGGCCACCGGCCCCUGGGGCCAGGAGAUCUCCCCUCUCCAGCCCUGUCCCUGGAGGAAGAAGAGCAGGAGGAAAUGGAUGAGGACGAUGAAUGCGCGGCGGAGCCCGAGGGCCUUCGCAGCGAGGAGCAUCCGAGCCAGUUUUUCGCCGAGGCGCGGAGGCUGCGGGAGCAGAGGCUGUUGCUAGAUGAGGAGGUGUCGGUGGGCGGGCGAGUGUACGGGGCGCACCGGGUGAUCCUGGCCGCGGUGAGCAGCUUCUUCCGAGAGAGGCUGCGGGCGGGCAGUGGAGAGCCUCGGCCCCCCUGCAGCCUCGCGGUGGCCCCCGGGGGCUGGGAGGCCUUGCUGACCUUUGCCUACGAGGGGGUGCUGGGCCCCGCCCCGCGCGGCGAGGUCGUGGCGGUGGCCGAGGCCCUGGGAGCGCCCCGGGUGAAGGCCGCGGCGCAGCCGAGACGCCAGGGACCUGGAGACGCCGGGGAGGACGACGAGAAACCCAGUCAGGCAGAGGAGCUGCGGGAGAACCUGCGCAGCAUCGAGCUCCUCUACCGAGAGGGCAUCGGCUGUGACCUGGAGCUGGAGGCCGGCGGCUGCCGGCUGCAGGUGCACCGAGCAGCCCUGGCCUGUGGCAGUGAGUUCUUCGGGGCCAUGCUCCUGAGUGGGAUGAGAGAAUCCCAGGGCACGGAGGUCUCUCUGCGCACCAUGUCCUCUCAGGACCUGCGACUCCUCGUCUCCUUUGCCUAUUCUGGGGCUGUGCGGGCAAGGUGGCCAGGACUGCUGAGAGCGGCACAGGCUGCCCUGCAGUACCAGAGCUCUUCCUGCCUGGACGUCUGUCAGAAAGCCUUGGCUCGAGGCCUCAGCCCUGCGCGUUGCCUGGCCCUGUACCCCAUGGCUGAAGCCCCUGGACUGGAGCAGCUCUGGAGAAAAGCUCAUCAAUACCUCCUCACCCACCUGCCUGCCGUGGCAUUGUGCCCCACUUUCCCUUCUUUGCCAGCUGCCUGCCUGGCUGAGCUCCUGGAUAGCGAUGAGCUCCACGUGCAGGAAGAGUUUGAGGCCUUUGUGGCUGCACGGUGUUGGCUAGCUGCCAACCCUGAGACCGAAGAAUCCGACGCCAAGACCCUGCUGCAAUGUGUCCGUUUUGGCCGCAUGUCGACUAGGGAGCUUCGGAAGGUGCGGGCAGCGGGGCUACCCUCACCUCUGCCCCCAGACCUGCUGCACCAGGUCAUGGUGGAGGCUGAGGUUCCAGGUCAACAGAGGUGGAGGCAACCUGAUCGGGCACUGGUGGUGAUUGGCGGGGACGGGCUCAGACCAGACAUGGCCCGAAGACAGCCAUCGCAAAAAGUGUGGUGGGCCCGGGCCUUCCGCUGUGGCAUGGGACUGGUACGAACUGUGGAGUGGGGGCAGCUGCCUGCCCUGCCUGCCCCAGGGCGCUUCAGGCACGGAGCUGCAAGCCUAGAAGGAAGUGAACUCUAUGUGUGUGGAGGACAGGAUUUCUACAGCCACUCCAACACUCUGACUUCAACUCUCAGGUGGGACCCCAGUCUAGAGGACUGGGAGGAGAUGGCACCUUUGUGCCAGGCCCGAUGCUUUUUCCCCCUGGUGGCUCUGGAUGGACAACUUUAUGCCCUGGGAGGACGAUGCAAUGGUGCUGCCCUCAAUUCCGUGGAGACCUAUAACCCUGAGCUCAAUGUCUGGAGGCCAGCACCUGCGCUUCCAGCACCAUGCUUUGCCCAUGCAGCUGCCAUUUUGGAGGGCCGCUUGUAUCUGAGUGGUGGCUCUAGUGGCAAUGGCCAGUUCCUCGCCUCAUUGCUGCACUAUGACCCCAAACUUGAGAAUCCAGGAACAUUUCUGAGCCCUAUGGGGGUGCCCCGAGCUGCCCAUGUCAUGGCUGCGCUGGGUGGGCGUUUGUAUGUAGCAGGAGGACUAGGAGAGGCUGGGGACCUGCUGAGCUUUGAGGUCUAUGAGCCAAGGACUGAUAGCUGGAGUCACCUGACACCUCUGCCCUCUCCCCACGUCGGGGCUGCAGGUGCUGUGCUGCAAGGGGAGCUACUGGUGCUGGGGGGCUACAGCCACCGUACUUAUGCCCUCUCUCACCUUAUCCAUGCCUAUUGCCCUGGUCUGGGCCGGUGGCUCUGCCUGGGAACUCUGCCGAGGCCUCGGGCCGAGAUGCCUGCCUGCAUCCUGACUCUGCCCACAGUGCAGCACCUGACUUUGACUCCCACCCUGCACCAAACCAAACCUGCUGGGUGA